CUAGGACGCACAGGAGGGUGGCCCAGGAAGUCGUGGGGAAACUUCGAGCUCCGAGAAGGAGAGCGGGAAUGGAGCGGGACGCGCGGAGCCGACCGCACGGCGCGGAGUGAGAAGGGAGGCCGAACCUCGGCCCUGCAGUCGCUGCCAUGUGGCCCCCGGACCCCGACCCGGACCCGGAGCCUGAGCCCGCGGGCGGCUCCCGGCCUGGCGCGGCGGUCCCCGGGCUCCGCGCCCUGCUGCCGGCGCGCGCCUUCCUCUGCUCGCUCAAAGGCCGCCUCCUGCUGGCGGAGUCGGGUCUCUCCUUCAUCACCUUCAUCUGCUAUGUGGUAUCCUCAGCGUCCGCCUUCCUCACAGUGCCUCUGCUGGAGUUUCUGCUGGCCCUCUACUUCCUCUUUGCUGAUGCCAUGCAACUGAACGACAAGUGGCAGGGCUUGUGCUGGCCUAUGAUGGACUUCCUGCGCUGUGUCACCGCUGCCCUCAUCUACUUCGUCAUUUCCAUCACAGCUGUCGCCAAAUACUCAGAUGGGGCUUACAGAGCAGCCGGGGUUUUUGGCUUCUUUGCUACCAUUGUGUUUGCAAUUGACUUCUACCUGAUCUUCAACAAUGUGGCCAAAUUCCUUAAACAAGGAGACACCACAGAGGAGAACACGGCCCAGAGGGCAGAAGAGGAGAAUUCCGACUCUGACUCCGACUGAAGGCCUGCCUGUGCCAGCAACCUGAGCCACACAGGGCCUGCAGGUCAGCACCUGCCUGACAGGGCUGGCUGGGGAGCAUGGCCAGGGGACACUGUGUGUUAGGAGACACACGCUGUGUGUGGCUCAAGGCUAUACUCCUGUGCCCAGCACAUGAGACCACACCCCUCGGCUUGGUGUUGUUGAACCGCUCCACACGGGCACCUUGAAGAUUCCACCUCUCGCGGUUUUUGUCCUUAAGCCCUUCAACCUGACUACCACAGACAAGCACAGGGAGCUGCAGCAGACAGAGCCAUGGUACUGCUUGCCACAGCAAUCAGCUCAUGCUGCAGGGCGGAGUCAGGACAGGAGGGGGUCGUCUGCUUCAACUAUCAGGCAUGAACAGAGACAGAAGCCACCACAGGCCAGCCAACCCGGGCCGUUUACAUGGCGUGCCCCUGCUCACACAGCACUUUGGUGAGGAAUCUUGUUCAAGGAGCACAAGUUCCUUCCUCACUGUGAAACAGGAAGGAAGCUGACCUUGGCCUUACUGUCCAGGAGUGGAUGACACCCACCCAGCACUUCACAACCCUGGAAACAUCUUCAGGUGAGAUGACUGUUCCAAGUCUAACCCUGUUUCAGACAAGAGCUCACAGACGCACAGGUCAGGGCCAACACAGAGGAAAACCAUCAGUCCGUGGCAGUGACCAUGUCAUGGGCAGCUGGGCAGGCCCAGCCAAACUUUUCUGGUGGCAAGUGUUCUCAGAACACUGAGGACAUCGUCCCUCCUUCUGGACGCCAGGGCAGGUCUACUGACCACCUCAUGAGAUGAGAUGAGCCCUCUGUGUUUGCCUAAGAAAUUUUUUUACUGUUAUGUAUUUUUUAUGGCAUUUUGUAGCUUUUUAGAAAUUUUUUAUACAAAAGCAGCUUUAACAAAGUCAUUUUCUGUGAGCCAGGAGGCCUCAUGAAUGAGCCAGAGUUCUGGACCCAUGUUUUGGGCAUUUAUAACCUUAUUCUUCUCAUGCAUAUGAAUCUCCUACCCUGAAAAAAGCCUUACUGGAUUAAACCAGACUGACUACCUGCUUGGAGUGUGACUGAAAAACUCUUCUACCACCCAGAGUAAUGCUAUGCAAUAUCCUAACAUGGUUCAACACAACUAGUAACACAUGAGUGAACCCUAACAGCUCCAGGUCUGAGCAACAAGGCAUGCAUAUUCACUGUAUGCCAGGGCUGGCAUAAGAAUCUGUCCCGCAUUUGGUCCUCUUAUUUCAUGUCAUAGUCAAGGAAAUGGAGAGAAAGGGUAAUACGUAACUGGCCCAGGACCCUCUCACACAUCAGGGUAACCUCCCACAGCAGCCAGACUAGGCCUUUUGAGAUUUGGAAAUUGCACAGGGGACCUCAGAGUUGCAGUCUGGAGGACCCUGGUCAGUGUCUGGCCCAGGCUGAUGGGAAGAGGCAAGGCAUUUUACCCCAAGUGCCACACACAACACAUUCUGAAAAUGUGACCAAUAGUUGAAUGGGAAGAAGUUUACAGGCACACGGUAGACUUCUGCUUGGCCUUGUCAGUCCAGCAGAGCUGGUAUUACGGAGGCCACUGCAUCCUGUGGACUGGGGCUCUGUUCCACCUCCACUGAGCCAGCCCAUUUCAGAAGAUGAGUCCACAACCUUUUACGGGGCAGGGGCAGCAAGGCAGAGAGAAGAGAAAACAGUUUUUAUAUGUUCAUUUAUUAAACAAGAACUCCUUCAUGACAAUUUAAUACAAUAUUUAUUAGCGAUUAGUGUUGAGAAAAUUAUUUCCCUCUACAUACAAAAAUACAGAUUUGAACAAUGAAAACAAUCAAGACAAGUACCAUGAAAAAUUGGUCCUUCAAAAGAAAUAAAGGGGGAAGAUCAAGGGCAAUGUUAGGCUUUGUAUGCUGUCAGGGACAAAUCAACAGGAACAAAUGCUUUGGGGCCCCCAAACCACAUCAAAUGUAUAGGGUCAAACCCAAGAGCCAGUCAGAGCCAUGGGAGGCCCACCCCACAAUUUCAGAGGCCAGGACAGAGCUCUUUCCCAAGGAGCUCAAAUCAACAUUUGUCCAGUGGCCAUCACUUCAGAAUGCCCCACAGCCAUGUCUAUGAACUGCCAAGAAGACUUUUCCAAAGCAAAAUGGGAUAAUUAGCAUUGCCCCCCAAAAGUGCCACUAGGUAAAGUACCAAUGAAUGACCCUAUUGGAAAGUUAUUAUUUAACUUUUGACUGGACUUCUGUCAUAUUAUAGAAUCUUCAGAAGAACAGAAAAUAAAGCUACAAUUUCAUGAUUUGGUAAAUAUGUACCUUCAUUCUGCAGUGGCUCAACUGCUUUACUCAAGAUUAUCCUUGACCAGACACAACUCAGUCCUAGUAGGGUGGGAAGGCAGAAGGAGCCACUAAAGAGUCUGCCUAUGCUCUGGUUUCACCAGCUCCUCACAGCAAAGCAUCUACUGCCUCCAAGCCUGAAACCCCCAGAGGGCCAUGAGCCACCCAGGGCAUCCAUGAAGUCCAAAUGGAAGGUGAGGCCUAGAGACAGGCUACUGUGUUUCUAAGAAGCAGGUGACACAGAGAUUACCCUGGAAGACUCCAGGCCUUAGAACACCUUCGGGUUCACCAGAGAAAUGGGGCAGGGAGCCAAACACGCACUCUCCACCAUUUCAGACCCAAUGAAUGGGAAGUUAGAGCACGGGUGACCUUUUCUUUUGGAAGUACUUUCCUCUUAUGUUGGAGGUGAGUGACACUCAGUCUCUUCAAACUGAGCAAAGGAUUAAACAAUGCCAAAUGCAAUUAUACUGACUCAUAAUUAUUUCACAGAAAUAUACUCUUACUCUCAGACUAUUUAAAUAAGCAGAAACAAGAUGUGGAGGAGACUCAGCAGAGAGGAGACAGGAGUAGCAGGGGAAUUUUUUGUUGUUGUUUUCUUUUUUAAAAUACAUAUUAAGUUUAAAGGGAAAAUGGCCCAAGCCUCAAGAUCAACAUUGUUGAAAGCAAUAUUAAAAGGACACAAUCUAAAAUCAUGCUACAAAAAUAGUAUUAUCUGUUUUAACUAAAUGUACAUCUUUUUUUCCAACUCCAUGAUUGACAAGAGUGCUUAUGUGACACAUGG